GGGUGAAUUUGUGUGUAUGCGUGUGUGUGUCUUCGUUCUCAACAACAGACUCAAUAACGCAACACCCAUCUCUGUUUCCUGUCAUGUGAUUUCCUGAGACCUGUCGGCAGAAGCUGCAGCUCAUCCACAGGUCUUAGAUCAGCUCUAAAACAUGAAGUAACAAGUCAACUUAUAGGGGAGGGUGACGUAUCUAAGGUAGAUGGGAGACAGAGACACAGAGAGAGAGAGGGAGAGAAGGAAACAGAGAGGGGCUGAUGCGAGGCUGAUAUUGGGUGGGAAGUGUGUGAAUGUGCGUUUUGAAGGGAGCUUUGAGUGAAUGUGUGUACAGCGUUUAGUGACUUUGUAUGUGCGUGUGCGCAUAUGAGUGUGUGUGUGCGAGCAUGUGUGUGUAAGAUCAGGAAGAGGAACACAGUAGAGACCUAGAAGACCUUGAGGAAAGAUGGAGGACAAAGAAUGCAACAGCGGUGGCUUCAUGAGGCUCGUAUCAGAGGAGAGCUGUAGCUCCACUGUGACAGACGAGUUGUGUAUUAAUAACUACCAGACUGAGAUCUUCAACCAGCUCCCCAGCUCUUUGGCCCGACGACGGUCCCUCCAUCACCACCAGGACAGGGGGACCACAGAGACAUCGCACCUAGUAGAGAAGUACCCUGGACUGGUAGGAGAAGCCAGAGACAAGGCCACUACCCAGCCGAUCAGGAGCCUGCCGGUGUGUAUGCAGAGGAAGAGAGAGGCAAGGGACCUGAGGCACCUGCAGACGCGCACUGUUGGCCGAUGGGAGUCAUGGAAGCGGAACCAGAGCAUAAACAGGAAGAGGCUCGGGGAGCAGGUGGACGAGGCAAUGGCAAGGCUUUUGCCAUGGAGCAGCACCCUCCACACCAUUGAAGGUAGAUUCGGUGUAGGCGUGAAAGCUUACUUUGUCUUCCUGAGAUAUUUGCUUUACCUGAACCUGCUCCUGUGUCUGGUCAUUGGAGGGACUAUACUCAUACCCACAGCAGUCUACGACAGCGAUGGUGACAGAGGACUACUGAGGUUUGAGGGCAAUGACUCGGUUUUGGACUUCUUCGUUGGUUCGGGUUUUCUAGAACGUUCUCCAGUGUUCUAUGGGUUCUAUGCACGUAGUUCUCUAGACCUGCUGUGUCUGAACACGCCCCUCCUCUUCCUCCUCGGAACCCUCACCGUCCUCAUCCUCAGUCUGGUCAUGGUGGUCCGCAGGACGGUUGUAGGCUACAAGCACACGUGGUUGCUAGGCAACCGCUACAACAUCCACAUGAGCUACAAGGUGUUCUGUGGGUGGGACUUCUGUAUCCAGGACCCCGAGGUCGCCGACCUCAAACUCAGCUUCAUCAGGAACGAACUGAAGUUAUACUUAGAAGAGGAGAGGUUCCAGCAGCGUGAGGCCAGGAGGACGUUGGGUCAGUGGGCACACCUCUACUCCCUGCGAGGGCUGCUCCACUUGCUGGUCCUGGUUCUACUGGGCGGAGCCUUCUGCCUCAUCUACUAUGCCACCAUGGCCUCAAAGGCUGAGAGGAGUGGAGACUAUUUGAUCCUCCGGUUGCUUCUCCAUUACCUUCCUCCCAUCGUCAUCACCCUGGUCAACUUCUUCCUGCCUCACGUCUUCCGCCAUAUCUCUUCCUUCGAGGAUUACUCCCUCACCACCCAGGUCAAUGCUACCCUUGUCAGGAGUAUCUUCCUGAAGUUGGCCAGUCUGGGGAUGUAUCUCUUCUUCCUCUUCAAAAACAGGCAACAGGAAUGUUGGGAGAAUCAGUUUGGUAAAGAGAUGUACAAGCUCUCAGUGUUCGACUUCCUCGCCUGUUUCUGCAACACCUUCUUCAUCGUCUAUCCUAGAAAGUGGUUUGUGGACAGGUACCCAUCGUCUUGGCUGGCGCGGUUGUCGGGGAAACAGCAUUUCCUGAUCCCGUUCAAUGUUCUAGACCUGGUGUACAGUCAGACGGUCACCUGGGUAGGACUGUUCUACUGUCCCAUGCUGCCAUUUAUAGAGACAGUCAAACUCAUGGCCGUGUUUUACAUUAAGAAGUUGACAGUUCUCCAGUGCUGUGUUCCGGCCCAGAGAAUGUUCCGUGCCUCCAGUUCUUCAGUUCUGUUCCACUUCAUGUUACUACUGGGUCUCAUCAUGGCAGUCAUCACCCUCGGAAGUAACCUCCACCAGUUCGAACCUUCCUCCAGCUGUGGUCCGUUCGUGGGCAGCGCUACAGUGUUUAAUGUAACAGCUGUGUGUGUGGACAGUCUACCAGGACUGGCGCAGUCCACUCUGAGAUACCUGUCCUCAGAGGCCUUUGUCCUGCCGCUGAUACUGGCGCAGAUUGUUGUCCUGACCUCCUUUGAGUCGCGGAGGAGAGCCAAUGGAAAAGCCAUCGAGAGACUGAAGGACAUGCUGGUGAUGAGCACCUCAGAUAAGCAUUUUCUGCUGAAGCAGCACACUCUCUCACUCAGACGCCAGAAGAAAACCUUCAAGGCGCCCCCCACUGUUUCAGGCACUAGAGAGGGCAGCCCUACCACCAUGAAAGACCCCUCAGCAGGCAUCGGAGAGGACAGCCGUAUCGCUCAACUGAAGGACCCCUCUGCACAGCCUACAGGCAAUGACAGCCCAUCAUAAAGAUAGAUAGAGGACUCUAGUGCCCAAAAGCCAGUUUUAGCAUGUGCAGCGACAUUCGGGACUUUCACCAUUCUGAAGUAAUCAACUGAGUGGAACUACCUAUGGUUUAAGGAUCACAUGAUUCCAUCCAGGUCAUCAGGAGGCUUCAAC